UGAGCAACAGUUGAGUGAAAUUAAAGAGACCUGUUAUGAAGGUAAAUCCAAGAAGAUCCAACUGAGUUGGACACCACAGGUCCGGGCAUCAUGUGAUCAGACUGUCUUUAGCAUCUACAAAGGUGUCAGGACCUUUGACCUCUGUCAGAGGCACAGAUUGCUGAUUACUGGAGGCAUGGAUAAACUUAUACGCCUGUGGAAUCCACAUUAUUCUGGAAAACCGACUGGUAUUUUGAAAGGCCACUCUGCUCCUAUCGUCUCCAUCCGCAUCUCCUCAGAAGACAAUCAAAUCUUCUCUGUCUCAACAGACUGCACUGUGAAAAUUUGGCAUCUUCAGGAUCAGUGUUGCCUGUUUACAGCAGACCCCAAAGCAAGCCGGAUUCAUGGUGAUAUAUCUGCAUGCGCAUAUUCCACUGCAAUGAAGUCUCUGUAUAUUGCAGCGGACUGUAUGACUAUGCUCCCUCUGAAGUUAAGGCAGCGGCUUCACCGUCACUUCACUGUUUCUCAUAAUGAGCCUGUUUCGUGCUGCGGUUACAGUAAGGAGUUUCGUCAGGUAGUCAGCUGCACUGAAGGAUCUGUUGUGAGAGUCUGGGAUUUUGACACUGGGUGUCAACGUUUUGAGUUUGGUGGCACUCGCGAACUGUCUUCUAUUACUUGUUUGACAUUUGAUCCCAAAGGGAGAAGACUCGUCACUGGUGGAAGAGAUGGAUCUUUAAAGGUCUGGAACUUCAACAAUGGUCUAUGCCUGAAGACAUUAAAGAAAGAUGGUGAAUGUCGUGAGGUGUGUGACUGCAUCUUUCUCCAAGUCCACAGGAAUUUCUAUGUGAUGUCAGUGGGAAGGGACCGGAAGAUUGACAUUUACCCAGACAUACCUGAGGAUCCUCAUCAUGUCCAGAGGCCACAGGCUUCAUGGCAGGAUGAUCUGAAAAAUGGACACAAGGAUGACAUCCUUUGUAUGGCACAGUGUCCCCCAUCUUUUGUGGCCACUGGCAGCUCUGAUGGCGAGAUUAUAGUGUGGAACGUGGAUUCUGGACGUAUACAGUGUCGGUUUGUUAGUCCUAUUGUAGCUGAACAGCAAGAUGUUAAAGGUCUGGAUACGAGUGUUCCAAGCAUAGUUUUCCUGAAGGAUCCCUAUUUAAAGCAGUUUUCCUCAACUACAGCUCUCCUGUCAUCUGGGGCCGAAGGCUGUGUAAAUCUCUGGAAUGUGAUCGGCGGAGGAAAGUUUGUUAGCAGCUUCAAAGCUUCCAAAUUUCAACAAAAGAUAACGAAACUGGCCAAAACAGAGAAGGAUGUUCUGCUGUACAUGGCUGACAGAAUUGGUUACAUCUAUGUCUACAGCAUGGAAAACCUAGACCCUGAGAAGACAUCACUAAGAGCUGAAACCUUUUGGCGCGCCCACACCAACACAGUUACUGGCCUGCAUGUUGUUGACAAUGAUCAAGUGGUGCUUACCUCAUCCACUGACUACACGGUGCGUCUUUGGAGUGCACAAGGAGAAUUCAUAGGCACCUUUGGGCAGGCUGAGAGCUGGAGCAUUCACAUCUCUUCGUCCUGGAUUCAUCCUGGUGUCCCCUAUGAGGUUCUGACUGAUCCGCUGAGUAUGCCAGAUCAUGAAAUUUUGAAUGUAAAAACAGGUCUAUCUCAAGCAAUCAAUCCUGACAUGACUGAGGAGGAUAGAGGGGAACUAAAGGUGAACUGCAUUAUUUCACAAAAACUUACCUGAGCUGUGCAAGAUACGGUAUCCCCCCUUUGUCACUUCCCCUGCAAAAAAACAGAAGAAGAAAAAAGAUGCAAAUUUUGCUGAAAGGAAUAGAAGACUGGGUGAGACAGAGUUAUAACUAUUCUUAUGGCAAAGACUACUGUACAUACGCAAUACAAGUCUUAACUCAGUCUCAGCUGAAAAAAGUGGGAGAUUUAAAUUUAGAGCAAGUGUGUCUUCUUUUGCAUUUCAGACUUUGCGAUGAAAUUGUCAGGCAUACUAACAAGCUAUCGAACCACUCCGCUCUGAAAUGCUUUGAUGCUGUGGCGCCACCACACACCAGUGAACCACCUGACCUCUCCCUCGCUUCUAUUGAUCCUAUCAUAAGCAGCACUGAUGAACUGAGUCAACUGAAAAAAAUGAAACUGUAUUGAUCAGUAUUGGGAAACUGGGUCAUUGCAGCAUCCAAUACUUUUAAAGACAGAACAUGGAAUAUACAGUAGAAUGAAAAAAUAGUGAAAAAUUAGGCCUCAUGUAAUCAUAUACAGUUGACUCUCUCAUCAGGAAAAUCAAACCAAGUUCAUUAAACCAACAAAGACAGCACGAGUUCACCCAAAAGGAGAUUUAUAUAAUUUAUGGAAGAUGUGGAGCUGUUCAUAUUCAGGAGGACACUGGGUCACCUGCUGUUACAAAAAUUUGUUCUGCUCUCAUUUCUAUUUUGAAACACUUUUGAUCUCAUUGCUGACAUGAAGCAAAGUAGGAAGCAGCACUGCUGAAUUUUGACACUCAUUACUUUAAACUGUUAAGAUGACAUUUUCUUCCGUGUCACUGAGUAAACAAAUUUAGCUACUGAUUUUUUUCAAAAAAUACCUUUGUGUUGAACAAACAGAAAAAAAAACAUGCUAAAUUUUAUUUUUAUAGCCUAGUCAAAUAUUAAAGCACAGCAUUUCAUUCUUUCAAAGGAUGAUUAUUUUUCAAAUCUCUGUACUUUAUAAUUAGUAUCUAAAUUCAUAAGAACAGAUCCCACACACACCUGCAUUUAUCUGAGAGAAAUGACGAAGCAACAGGGAAUGAUCACCUGACAUUUCUCUUUAAAACAUCUUAUAGCUCAUACUUUUAGUUACAACCUAAAAUGUUAUUGUUUUCACUUCCACUGUUUUUACUUACAUCAUGAAUCAGUUACUCAGAGUCACCAAAAUAUAAUUGGUUAGUAAAUAUUUAAAUGUAGGAGAGCAUGCGAAAACAUUAAUUCAUUGAUACUUUUCUUUCUUUCUUUUUGUUGUUUGCUUGAGAAUUUAACAUUAUUGGGGGAAAAAAACAGAAUCGUAGAAAAAAAAUGGGUUUCAAUUAGCAAAACUCUGGUUUGCACACUUUAAUGAGAUUUUUAACCAAAAUAUAUGUAUAUGUGCAUGUAGAUUUAUAUGUCCAUUAUUCAUGAUUUUUUUUUUUUCGGACUAACAUACAGUACUGUGCAAAAGUCUUGAUCCACUCCUAUUUCUUUAUAUUUUGGUUGCAAGAAGUCAGACUUUUGUCAUUUUUUUAAAGUGGCCUUUAAAAAAUAAUAAUAGUAAUUCUCCAGACUUUCCGAAGGUCGUUAAAAGACAGCACUGACUUAUGAAUCAUUCAAGCAUUAAAAAGUCACCCAGUGCAAGGGAAGAACCAGUGCCAUAUGCUCACCAGACAACUUAGCAAAGAACCAAUUUUAAUUGUAUUUUAGGUGCUUAGUUAGCUGCCUGUCACAAAAACAAAUAAUUUGUUUUUGUUUUGAAUGUAGAAAACAAUUACACAGUACUGUGCAAACGUUUUAGGCAGGUGAGGAUGCUGUAAACAAAGAAUGCUUUCAAAAAUGGAAGUGUUAAUCAGUUAUUUUCAUCAAUCAGCAAAAUGCACUGAAUUAACAAAAGAAAAAUCUAAAUCAAAUCAAUAUUUGGUGAGACCAAACAGCAUCAAUUCUUCUAGGUACACUUACACACAGUUUUUGAAGGAAUUCAGCUCGUAGAUUGUUCCAAACAUCCUGGAGAACUGACCACAGUUCCUUCUGUCUCUUCAUGUAAUCCCAGACACACUCGAUGAUGUUGAGAUCAGGGCUCUGUGGGGGCCAUACCUGAAGAUAGUUUUUACUGUACCUGAAGAUAGUUCUUAUAUUUAUAUACUUAUAUAUAUAUGGAGGUCAAGAAAGAGGUACAACAGUGAGUGUCUACAACCAUCUGUUUGGGCAGAAUUUCAGCCAGUGUUGUUGGGAAUCUUGUCAAAAUUGAUAGAAUUGGGAACACAAAAAAGUGCCACUAUGCAAAACAUCCGACUGACAAUGACUUCAUUUAUCAGCAUAACAAUGAUCCCAAAGAAGAAAUGCAUACCUGGAUAGAAAAACACAUAAUGGGCCUCUAUCAGCCACGGGCUGAUGUCCUCAGAGUUCCAACCUUAACAUUACUGAAGCAGUGUGGGAUCAUCUUGACAGAGAAUGGAACAAAACAACCAACAUCCAAAGAAGAGCUUUGAAUGUCCUUCAGGAAGCCUGGAGAACUAUUCAUGAAGACUACUUACUUAAAGAAAGUACAAGAGUGCUUAUCUAAGAGAGUUCAGGCUGUUUUGAAGAAUAAAGGUUCAAUAUUGACUUUCAAGAUCAAUAGCACUGUAUAAACAUAUACAUUGUAUGUCAGUGCAUAUCAAUAAAUUACCCCAUCCACAGUACUGUACAUUGUCUUCUUAAUAAAAGUCUGCUUGCUUUCAGAUUUUUCAUUCUUAUCAUUUAGAAAUAAAGCAUUGCAGUUUACAUUA